UGGUUACAACGUUUCACCAUCAUUGACAAGAGCACUGUCAACAGACAACACACGCCCGCCUCGUUGGCAAAAGUCAGCUCAGCUGUAGUCCCUUGAGGCUUCUUCUCUGUACCAUUUCAGCCUGUAACAACCUUUCCUUAAGAUGACGCCCAGCUUGAAGCAGAGACUUGCUGCUCUUUCACUUGCAUCAUCUUCCCAACAUCUCCUCUCGGAUCCGACUCAGGUCCUCAUUCUCUUAUCAGUCGAAGAAAAAUAUUCAAUCCGCCAUGGAAACAAAACCUGGAUGCUACGGGAGACGAACCCGGCGCAAGGGAUAAAGUGCAAGAGGUUAUGGGCAAGGUUAUUUUCCAGGCUGGGGUUGAUUUUGAGACUAGGCCUAUGGUUAUUCUCAGUUCCUCAGCGUUACCUGAUCCGCAAGAGGUCUCCUAUGACCUGCUUUUGCAGCGAAUUUUGGCAUACCUUGAUCUCUUUGUCGAAUCCGAUUACACUGUAGUAUUCUUCGCAGCAGGCGGUCGCUACGCUCCCAACUGGAAUUGGGUCUGGAAGGCAUAUCGAAGCCUGAGUAGGAAGUAUCGUAAGAACUUGAAGCGCCUGCUCAUUGUACACUCUUCUUUCUUCUCGAAAAUGCUUUUCUCGUUGGCAGGUGCUGUCGUCAGCCCAAAGUUCUUUCGCAAAAUAGUCUACGUCGACACUCUGUCAGAACUUGCUACCCAGGUUCCAUUGACUCAAAUUGACAUUCCACCUGCAGUGUAUAAAGAGAAUUUGAAACAGGAGCGGCACAUUGUAUUACCGACUCCCAUUCGCUCUAGCGUCUUUGGUGUGCCCUUAGAAGAACUCAUGGGCCAUGACGGCGAAAAGGGUAGCAUUCCGCGGGUUCUGAAAGAUUCCAUUCAGGACCUUUUGAGCUCUGGGCUGAAUGAAGAAGGGAUUUUCAGGCGCUCACCGAGUUCCGUGUUGCUCAAACAAGUUCAAGAAGCCUAUGACAGAGGCCAGGUCGUUUCCCUCCAAAGCUUUAAUGACCCUCAUCUCGCAGCUGUGCUAUUGAAGAAGUAUCUCCGCGACCUUCCCAACCCCCCAUUCCCAGAAUCUCUGUAUCCCGAUAUACGUCGAUGUCCGACUCCAUCGAAUGACUCAACCGGCAUCCUUGCUACGACAUAUAUUCGCGACACACUCCUGCCACAGCUGAUGCCAUGCAUGUACAUCUUAUUGAGUAACAUAUUUUAUGUGCUGCACGAAGUGUCUCUACGAUCGAAUGUAAACCGCAUGGAUGCACACAAUCUUGCUGUUGUCAUUUGUCCCAACCUAGUCAAAAGCUCGGACCCGAUGCAAGAUGUAAUCCUAUGUUCUAUACCAAGUGGACCAUCGAUGUCCAGUACACCCUCCACGACUGCAACGCCCACACAGGCGGCACCAACAUCCUCCACUGAGACUUCAGAUGGCGGUACUACUUUGGGGUCUAUCGUUAAGCUCUGCAUCCAGCGCUACUAUGAAAUAUUUGAUGAAGUCCAUGAUCGCGCGGAGGUGGUGCCCCCGUCCACUCGAAGGUCACCUUCUCCACCAUCAUCGGAGGGUUCAUCAGGCUCACAGCUCAAGCAGUCCCGUCCAUUGAGUUUACGGAGUGAUGAUGAAGAUAUCGAUGAUGCGAUGUUGGUCAUGCCGAUUGGGCCCAGUGGGUCGGGAACUGUUUUCACGAACGAGAAUUUGGUCAGUGUAUGGGGCAGUGGUGGUGCAGAUGCAGAUGCAGAUGCAAAUGUCCUCCCAUACCAACCACGGCGACGAAAUCUUCAUGGGGCCAGAAAUGGAGGCAGGGGCAAUGAAAACGGCGUAGGUUUUGUUAAUGAUGAGAAUCGUGAUGGUGCAGGGCACCGCCAUCGAAGUCCAGCGCGUUCGACAAUCAGCAUAGAGCAUCCGGGAAGUGCGUCUGGUUCCGGGGGAGGUUCGAUAUCCAUUGGUCGUGGGGCGCUUCGCAAGGCUAGUGGUUCGGGGGUGGAAGCAAUGGGAAUCACUGCUGGCGGGUUUUUCACUGCACCGGGCACUGCUCCUCCUGUGCCCACACCAAGGAAGCGUCGAGCAUGGGUAUAAAAACCAAUGCUUGUUGCAGGUUUUUUGGAGUUUUGUUAUAUUUUCCUAUCCGUUAUCUAUUCACCAGUUAUCUUUGCAGGAAGAUUGUUAAGUAAUUCUAUCUCAUGCUUAUAUCAUACAUUUGCAAUGUAUAUGUACUAUGAUAGUCUUGUAAAUUGAAUGCUGUACCGAUUCGGGUUCCACACUUUCAGAUAUCAAUUUAUCCAUGCCAGG